UUUUCAACGAGUGGGUGAAGGAGCUUGUACGCGCAGCCAGUCGAGGUGUAAAGCAUACCAGCGGUCGUAGGGAGGUCAGACAGCAGUAACAACAUCACAACCAGUUACAACUGAGGGCAACAAUUGGUGUUGCUCUGCGUGUGGGGAUGGAUGUCCUAACGUGUCCAACUGCAGCAGGUUCCUAGGCAUGAGUGUGAGUUCGCGUUGGACAACUAUAAAGCGUGCGUCACUGUGUAGAACGUGCCUCCGCAAGCACCCAGGUGCAUGCCCUGUAACUACGUUGUGCGGAGUAAAUGGGUGCGAACGCCGUCAUCAUCAGUUGUUACACUCGUCCGGUAGCAGCCAACUAUUAUCAGACAUCCCGCCAGAAUUGAGUCGAGUCAACACCAGCUGUAACGUGCAUUCUGCUACUUCCGGAGGAGUUAUGUUCAAGUAUGUGCCGGUUACGUUAUAUGGGAAUGGGAAGAAGGUUGAUACUAUCGCUAUUUUAGAUGACGGAUCGUCGGCAACGUUUAUGGAACAUGACUUGCUGAGACAGCUAGGCAUCAGUGGCAAGCAUCGUCCAUUAUGCAUAUCGUGGACCGGUAACCAAAGCAGGGUUGAAGACGAGUCCGUAGAAUUAUCUGUUAAGAUAUCUGGCGUUGGGUCAUCUUUCAUAUAUGACAUGAACACGGUCCAUACAGUUCGUACCCUUGGCUUAUGUGAUCAAUCAGUAGAACCGAGGCAAUUAGCCACUCAGUAUAGCCAUUUGAGAGGUCUUCCACUACCAUUAUAUCAAAAUGCCUCGGCGAAGGUCCUAAUUGGCAUUGAUAAUUGCUUCUUGAGCCAAACCCUUAAAACGGUCGAAAGAGGGACAAACGAGCCGUCAGCAUCAAAAACCCGACUUGGAUGGGUAGUUUACGGGCCAUGCUCAAGUAGCGCAUCAGAUUGUAACCGGUACGACGGAAAUACAUUUAUGAACGUCCAUAUCUGCCCCUGCAAUAAAAAAAAAGACGAUGAGAUGGAUCUGGCUCUAAAAGAAUACUUCUCUUUAGAAUCGCUAGGAGUAUAUCGACCAAUGAAACAAUUGCGCUCUGAUGACGAAGAACAUGCGCUUAAAAUUCUUUCCUCGAAUGUUCGGUUGGUAGAUGGGCAUUUCGAAGCGAGCCUUCUGUGGAAGUACGACACAAUAAAACUUCCUGAUAAUAAAGCGAUGGCUUUGAGGCGUCACGAAUGUCUGGAGAGAAAACUGCGCCGUAACCCGAACUGA